GACAUUUCAAUCAAAAUGCUAAUUCCUACAGGAAAGAGUCAAAAACCACAUUCGGCAAAGAAAAAGUUCUCAAAAUUAUUCAGCAGAAGAGUUGAAUGCGACGCAGAAGAGGUAGUGGUAAUGAAAGAUAACAAAAAAAUGCCAACAACUGCUUCCAAACAAAAACGACCCGCACCAAAACCACCAGAAUCAAAAGAAACGCCGCCAAUUGUACCAGAAGAGAGUGCAACCUGUUCACGACAAGCGAUAACAACUAAACAAGCCGAAACAAUUUCACGAACAAGUGAAACGACAAAGCAAACAGAAAAUUUUGAAUAUAAAGCACCCACCACAAGCGACGCAGCACUUCUGAGGGGUGAACAAACGAUAAAGCAAGAACAUGAAGAUCACCGUGAAUUCAUUGAGCAUCUCUUCUCAGCGGUCACCAGUAAUAGCGGCAGCGAAGUAAUGAGAACCGCAGUAGGCGACGAGGUAAUCGACGCAACAGAUGAUGAGCGAGAAUCUUUAGAUUAUGACGAUGAAGACGCAGGCGAUCACGCAGCCGAGUUUGAUAAUACAACAAUAACAACAACGCCAACAGCAAACAAUGAUAGAAGCGACGGAUCGGCGGUAACGACAACGAAAUCAACGAAUGUAAAACGGGUUAAAACGUCAACAAGAAGUGUUAUUAACAGUGACAGCAACGCAGGGCAAUCGAUUAAUGUCAUUGCUGCUGGUAAUUGUGGUUUAACAAAGCCACAAAGGUACACAAAUCAUAGGGAGAAGGGAAAAGGUGAAAUUAAUGAACCAGUGGAUCAAUGCGUUGACAGUGGAAAAUCUGUUGAAUUCAAUUCAAAAAGCGCAGAGAAUGUGAAAAAAGUGUGCGUUCGUAAGUUUGUCGUACAAACGGAAUCGUGGAAAACGGCGAAUGCCAUAAAACGUGUUGAAGUUCAAUAUCGAGAGCAAACAAAAGAACAAAAGGUAACCGAAGGAGAAGAAGAAGAAGAAAGUGAAUACAAUAAGCCGGUGGGAGCUGAACGUGCAAGGGCACGCAAAGAAGCCACAGAAGCACUUGAUGAAGGGGAAGUUUAUGAUGAGUUCAACAAUAUGCUUGUCUCCACUGGUCGCCAUAUUACAGGGCAACAACAACCACAACAACAACAACAACAACAACAACAACAAAACUACGAUAUUGUUCUACUUAAGGAAUUGUCAACAAGUUCUGAUUCACUCUUUACAGACCCCAUAUCACCGCGUAGCAUUGGCGAGCAACAACAGCAACAGCAUUUAUCAGCCAACGCAAAUGAAUUGGACAAAUAUACACACAAUCGCACACACAACCGUUUGGCAGCACGCGGUCUCAACGAUCUACCAACACUUAUCAAAGACCGACCGAUUAGCGAGAUCAGCAUAACAUCAGCCGAUACUUCGGGUAUUUUAUCACCGACAACAGCACGUGCUGUGCACGAACUACAACGUCGACAUCGUGCCGAUAAGGUAGCACAUUUGUCCGUCUCACAAACAACAUACUUGGAGUUGGUGCCUGAUACGAGUCCGGAACUCGAGUCGGAUAGUCCUGAUGAACAAAUGGCUUUGCAGUUGGGUAAGAAAUUGGCACAGGUGCUGAGUAGUAGCGGUAGCAGUGGCAGUGCGGCGACCGUAACGCCACAAGAUGGUGGCGCAGUUGUUGCGUCGCCGGGCAGUGGCGCGGACAUCUUCAGUAACAUAGCGAAGACUAAGAAGAUUGAGCUGCAAAAUCUGUCGUCGAUGCUGGGUACAGCGGCGACACCACCACCACCAGCGGCAGCUAAGGAGGAGAGCACAGAUGCCAAUACUGUGAACAACAAACAGUUGCCGCCUUCAACAGAAACUCAAUCAACCGUUAUAAUUUCGUUUAAAUCAUCGCAAACACCUGUUCAGUCUCAGUCUCAGCAACAGCUACAGCUCCAGCAAUCGCCAGCACCAACAACACCGCCACCCCCAGCAGCAACGUUGCGAUCGAAACGGGAAACCGCUUGCGUGUCUACCCCAACCGCGGCGGCAAGCUUCGCAACACCAACAACAACAGCAACAGCAUCGGAAGUUGCUGCAUCAACGCCUACUACUGCUACCGAAACAGCCGCCGCCGCCGCAGCAACACCUUUGACACCCGCCACACCGACAACGACACUUAGCAACAAUGUGCUCAAAAGAGUCGCUACAUUUACGGCUGAAAAGGCAGCAGCAACAGCAGCCGCCAACGCUAUUAACGCCAAUGGGAACGGAAGUGCGAGUGCCGCAGGCAUGACCGCGCAUUCGGAGUAUAUCAGCGGCUGUCGCCGUUUAUCUUAUGUGCCGGAGAAGUUAAGCUUCGCUGCGUACGAAAAGUUUGAAGGUCAAAUGCUCAUGAAGUGGCUCAUCUCAUCCCUACAACAAUCGGGCAAUAAUCUCAGUGAACAAGACUUGAAUAAUCUAACAAUACAGUAUUGUAACAAUCUAAUAAAUGUGGGUGUGUUAAAGCAGAUCUCCGAGGAAACGGAUAUUAAAAACUUUAGUCCUUAUUAUAUGUACCAGUGGACGCAUACCGAGGCGCCAACCACUUCUGUACCACUCACACCCGGUCGACUGGACACGGUUGCAGUAUGGCCGCAUUGCAGCACACCAAGCACGGUUGCGCGGAUACCGAAGGGCGUACAAGUGGACACCACAGCCGAUCUCAUAUUUCAGCAGAAUCUCCGCAAGCGUUUGCUGGCAUGCGGCAACCUAACCGAAGUACAUGCUGUGGUAAAUGAGCUGCUUGCCGUUGGCGAAAUGGCACGGCGUCCAUCUAAGCGUUGCAUUGAGUUAACAGAUUUAUUGAAUGCCAGCGAAGCGACCAUUUACGAAUGUGAAAAGCCCAGUGCGUUAGACAAGAUUGCAACAACUUAUACAGCCAGUUCGACAGUGAAAGAUGCAGAUAUACAGACGACACAAAUAAUAGAGACGGGUACAACAACAUGUCCUGCUUGUGCGGCAAAAACGAGGGAAACCACUGAUCAGGCAAUACAAACCGAGAUGGAGGCAGUAGCGAAAGCGCCCAAGGCACCACCGCCUCCACCACCACCAUUUGAUGCUGGUAUAAGUCCGUCGGCUGCACCGCCACCACCACCACCACCUCCGCCUGCACCUCCUGCCCCAUCAGCACCUGCGCCGCCACCACCACCGCCUCCACCUGGCAUGUGUGCACCAGCGCCUCCACCACCGCCACCACCACCUGCGCUGGCUGGUCCAGCAGCAGCACCACCACCACCAGGUCCGCCACCACCACCACCACCUUCGCUUCCGCCGCUCAAUGUUUCAGCUGUACCCCCGCCUCCCCCGCCCGGUGCACCAAAGCCACCCUCUUCCGCUACGCCUGCGCCACUGCCAAAUCCAACGGAGGGCUCAUGGUUCCAUACCACAAAUACUCUUCGAAAGACUGCCGUUAACCCGCCAAAACCUAUGAAACCCCUCUACUGGACACGCAUAGUUACGCCCGCGCCGUUACCAAGACCCCCACCACCACAAUCCAGCACUGAGUCUAGCGGUAGUGGAAGCUCACCGGAAGAUGCCGUAGACUCAGCUGCGCCGAAAGAAAUUUGGCAAGAAAUCGAAGAAACCAAACUCGAUAAUAUCGACGAAUUUACUGAGCUAUUUUCUCGGCAGGCGGUGGUGCCCGUCAGCAAACCGAAAGAGAAAAAAGAGGCGCGCGUAAAGACAAUGAAAGUCUUAGAUAGCAAGCGUUCACAGAACGUCGGUAUUGUGUCGCGUAGUCUACACGUUGAUUUCUGUGAGAUUGAGCAUGCCAUUUACCAUGUGGACACAUCGGUGGUGAGCUUGGAAACAUUACAACAGAUUAUCAACGUCAAAGCGACCAAUGAGGAGUUGGAAUUGAUUAAGGAGGCAGCACAAAGUGACAUUCCCUUGGAUUAUCCAGAACAAUUUCUACUCAGAAUCUCACAGAUCUCAAUGUCAACGGAACGCAUAUCAUGCAUUGUCUUCCAAGCUGAAUUUGAUGAGGCCGCUACGGUAAUUGCACGAAAACUGGAAGUUGUUACACAACUAUCACAGUACUUGAUCGAGAGUGAAGACUUGAAGCUAGUAUUUGCUAUAAUACUCACACUGGGAAAUUACAUGAACGGUGGAAACCGUCAGCGCGGUCAAGCGGACGGCUUUACAUUGGAGAUCUUGGGUAAACUCAAAGACGUCAAAUCGAAAGAAUCUCAAACCACACUGUUGCACUUCAUCGUACGUACCUACAUCAGUAGGCGACGAAAAGAGGGCAUUCAGUUGUUGGAGAUGACGCUACCCAUACCAGAACCUUCGGACGUGGAGCGAGCGGCGCAAGUAGAUUUCGAUGAAGUUAAACUGCAAAUAAUGGAGCUGCAUAAGAAAUUGAAAGCCAACAAGAAAACAACGGAACGCGUAGUGCUCGCCUCAACACCCAACACUUUGGAACCAUUCAAGUCGAAAAUGGAGGAGUUUAUUGAGAGCGCAACGAAAACGAUUGAUAAACUGUACAUAGACUUGGAUGAAUCUCGCGAAACAUUCAUCGAGACAAUGCGUUUCUAUCACUUCACACCCAAAUCACGCGCGCUGGAGCAAUGUACACCCGAUCAGUUCUUCGAGUAUUGGACGAAUUUCACAAAUGACUUUAAGGACAUUUGGAAGAAGGAGAUAGCCACAUUAUAUGAUGACUUGUUACGCAAGUCGAAACAAAUUCAGACACAAUCUCGUAAAAGUGUGAAAACUACAAAAGUAAAGCCAGGCGGCCUUAAGGAGCGUAUCUUACGAUUGAGUAAAAAAUAAAUUACAGCUUAUCAACACAAUUUUUAUUAAUUAU